ACAGAAAAACAAAAACAUUUCAAUCGAACGUCGAACGCGUAAUGGAUGCAACUCGUCAGCAAAAAUUGCAUUCACGGAAUAAAAGUAUCGAGUUUAUUGUUUAUUCGUCUCAAAGUGCAUCGCAUUACUACAUGGAUUAGUUAGAGCUAAAGCAGUGUAUUGUUUAUUUGCAAACGAAUUGUGUUUCCUCGUUGGCUAGCCUUGAUCAGCCAGUAUUUUUGUUUUGUGAAGCGAUUCAAUAUUGGGGCAGAACAGGAACACCAAACCCAACUCUUGUAGCGGAGUGAAAGUUUUGGGGGCAACCCAUCUGCUGCUGGUGGAAAAAAAAAUCUGGAAUGCAAAACAAAUGCCAACGCAAAAAUCGAAAGUGCCGCAAGAAUGACGACGAUCCAUUGAAUGCGAAGAACAGUGCUGUCCUUUUUGGUGUGGCAGGUUUGGGACCAUUCCUUAAGUAAUAAUCGAAUUACCACUGUGAGAAUAUACGGAAGAAGUGUCCGGAAGGGGGAAUGUGUUCACCGACCGUGUUCCAGGGUUGUUGCUCCCAAUGGCGUAGCUGGAUCCGUCCACUGCUCGUUGUUCUGUAUGUGCUGUUUGUGAUAAUUGUUGUGCCGCUGCUGAUCGUCAACUCCGUCAAGGAUGGCUUUACCCGGAAGGACCAGCUCAUCCUCAUUGGGGGCCUAUUUGUCAUUUCGGCCGUACCCAUUUCGAUUUGGCAAAUUACACAACACAUUGUGCAUUUUACGAAACCCAUCCUGCAGAAGCACAUCAUCAGAAUUCUUUGGAUGGUACCUAUCUACGCCCUGAAUGCGUGGCUGUGCUUGCUGUUUCCCCAACAUGCCAUCUACAUGGACAGUAUUCGCGAGUGCUACGAAGCGUACGUGAUCUACAACUUCAUGAAGUAUUUGCUCAACUAUCUCAACCUGGAGAUGGACCUGGAGCGAACGUUGGAGUACAAACCACCGGUGAAGCACUUUUUCCCGCUGUGCUGCAUGGCACCUUGGCCAACCGGGCGCGAGUUUGUGCACAACUGCAAACACGGAAUCCUGCAGUACACGGUGGUGCGACCCAUCACAACUUUUGUAGCCUACAUUUGUGAGGUGAACGGCGUGUACGGAGAGGGCAUUUUCGAAACGGAUGUGGCAUUUCCCUACAUUGUGUUCAUCAACAAUUGUUCCCAGUUCAUUGCCAUGUACUGCCUGGUGUUGUUCUACAAAGCCAACAAGGACGAGCUCAGACCAAUGAAACCGAUUCCAAAAUUUCUCUGCAUCAAAGCGGUGGUGUUCUUCUCGUUUUUCCAAGGAGUUAUCAUCAAUUUCCUGGUAUAUUUUGGAUUCAUUCACAACAUCUUCGGUUCGGAGCAGAACGACGAUCCACGUUUGCUGUCGUCGAAGCUGCAGAAUUUCUUGAUAUGCAUAGAAAUGUUCCUGGCUGCGUUGGCCCAUCACUACAGUUUUCCACAUCAGCCGUAUGAACUGAACAUUCCUAUCAGUAGUUUAGGAAUGGGAAUCGGUACCAGUAUCAACGGAGCCGGCAAUGGGUCUUGGUACAGUGCGCUGAGAAAUAUGCUGGACAUAUCUGAUGUCCAUCAGGAUGUGAGUGAACAUCUAGGGGUGGUUGGAAGUUCAUUGAGUAGAAGACUGCGUGGAAGAACGACGUAUCAUAUGCCGAGAGGCGGUUCUGGAAUCUGUGAUAACAUGGGAGGUGGCUCCGAACGGCAAUAUCUGGUACAGCCAUCGGGAAGUACGAGUAAUGUAAGUGGUAACAAAUGCUACCAGAGUGGGUUGAGUAAUUCCGGUAAUCAGCUGUACUCGAACAUUCCCAAAUCGGCGCAAAAUCGGUACGGUGCCCUAGAGAGUGGAAUUAGCAUUGUGAGGCCAAAAUCGGCCAAAGAAUCAGAGACACCGCACGAGGGUGCUCCAAAGGUGCCGAACAUUUUCAAUCAAUUCCAAAACUCCAAAAGCCUCAAUCUUACGUUGGCGAAGAGUCCCAGUUUCGACAAUUUGAACUCGACCAAGAGCGAAACGACCACUUCUAGUAGUUCGAAUCAGAAAGCCUUGGCGACCAAUAGCAGCACUGUAAGUGGACAGACGACGGCAACUCAUACAACGAACAACACGACAACUUCGACGUCGGAGCUGCAGCUGCGGAAGUCGGAGAGUAGCAACAGCGAUUGGCUCAGCACUCCGGAUGAUGAUCUGGGAAUCGACGUGAAGGGUGUGAGCAAGGAUCGGAUCAACUAUAAUCCCGAUUGGAGGACGUAAGUCCGGAAACAUUGUGAACGAAUAAUCUCAUACUGCGAUCAAGCUUUGUCAAGCUUCAAAUAGACUAAUUUAUGCGGAUUCUGAUGUGUGGGAGUUCAUGUGUGUGCUUUGUUUGUGCGUGUCUUUGCGUAAGUCGGAUGCGUUGUGUAUUUACAGUUUUAUAUUAUUUUCGUACUAUUAAGAUAUUUAUCAAGAAAAAAAAAAUAUUUUCCAAAAUGAAGCUUCCUAAAUUUGCCCAUUAUUCCCAAUUACUGGAAUAAACGAUCGAUGGGAAUUUAUUGAGUACUUUUCAACACAGAAGAAAACUACUAAUCUAGUCUUAAUUUGAUAAAAAAUUAACAUACCUGGAGAUUUGUCUGAAAACAACCAACUAAUCGUGUCAUUUAUCCUUGGAAACGAGAAUGAUUCAGUGAUGCAAGUAAGAAUCAAUUUGAAUACGUUCUAAUUUUAUGCAAAUGAAAGUUCUUCGAUGCAACAAGAUUGCGUGUAUCAUUUUAGAAACUACUCAUAUGUAAUUUGAAUUUUGCAUUGAUGUUGGAUUUAAAUCACCUCAUGUAUGCUGAUUAAAAUGAAGCAAAUGGAUACUCAAUGUUGAAACCAGUCGUUUCAAUUUGUCCUUUUCUUGGUGUUAAUGUUUUCACAUUCCUGAAACAUUACCCACUAUCCCCAUUUUCCCAUUGUUUAAUUAUUAUACUCUUGAAUUGAAUUAUGAUACUUUAAUUAUGAGACUAUAUAACAUAUGCAUUUCCAUCUCCAAAAACAUAUUAAACACCCUUAACUUAGUGAAAGUACUCAUCAACAUUUUUCUUUCGUCAUAGAUAAUCAAGUUGAUACAGAGAAACAGACCCACGUCACUUUACCUCAUUUCCAUCCUUCAAUAUUUGAACGAACAGUUCAAGCAAUAAUGGUAAUAACUAAAUGAUGGUAGUGAUGGUUUUAAAUGUGGAGUGUUUUAGUGCGACUUUUUCUCUGUGCUUAUUAUACGUUACCUGUCAAUCGAUUUAGUUAAAUAUUUUACAAGGUUUGUUUUUCUUUUUGAAAACUGCGAGAUACAAAGCAUAUAAAUUAAUAUAUUCAACGAUGCGUAAUCGAAAAAA